UAAUCUGGUUCGGCGGCUGUCUCUCGGUUUACCCAGCCCGAUCGACUACGGCGAAAAAGGCCGACUGCCAGAUGUUGGGUGGGAGGAUCGGGGCCUUGCCCCGGGUGGCAGGGGUUUGGCUGACAGGGGUCCUCAGAAGGAAACCACUAAGCUGCAAUGCUGCGUCACUGAAAGGAAACAACUCCCCCCAGUGUUGGAACUGCGGCGGCCCAGGGAACCUCAUUCGUGGGAACGGGUUCUUCUGCCCACAGUGCCGGGCGCUGCAGCCACCUGACCCCACUAGAGACCACUUCAGCCUUAUGGACUGCAACCGAUCCUUCAGAGUUGAUACUGCAAAGCUCCAGCGUAGGUACCAACAACUGCAGCGUCUUAUCCACCCAGAUUUCUUCAGCCAGAGAUCUCAGACUGAAAAGGACUUCUCAGAGAAGCAUUCAACCCUGGUGAAUGAUGCCUACAAGACCCUUCUGGCCCCCCUGAGUAGGGGACUAUACCUUCUGAAGCUCCAUGGAGUAGAGAUUCCUGAAGGAACAGAUUAUGAAAUGGACAGGCAAUUCCUCAUGGAAAUAAUGGAUAUCAAUGAAAAGCUUGCAGAGGCUCAGAGUGAAGCUGCCAUGAAAGAGAUUGAAUGUAUUGUCAGAGCGAAACAGAAAGAAUUGAUUGACAGUGUGAGCAGAGCUUUUGAACAAGAGAGUGAGGAAGGGAGGGAGAGAAACAUCAAUACGAGAGAGAAGCAUCAAUCAGUUACCCCCCAUACUCACCCGAACCUGGGACUGAACCCACAACCUUUCAGUCAGGGGACGACGCUCCAACCGGAGGAGCCACACUGGCCAGGGCAGGAUACAAGUCCUUGAAGGAGUUUUAUAAAUUAAUUUGGUAAUAUACCACCGGGAGGUAGGAAAAUAUCAUUUAUAUAUGUAAACAUAACAGACCGGCCAAGGCAAAUAGAGAUCAUACGGUUUUCAUUCUAAGGUUUUAGCCAUAAGUCAGGCAUAAAUAAAUACAAUAAUAUAAAACUCAUUAGUUUACAUAUAGAGUGGUUCUUGUUUUUGCUCCGUUUUGUGUAUUUAUCCGAAUUGAGUUUCUGGCAAUGGAGGAAGUUCAAAGUUACCUACUCGAUAUAAGGGCUGAAGCUUUCCACCAAUAUUUCUGGGAAAAAAACCUUCAAACUUUUUUUGUUUUGUUUUUGUCUUGAUAUGCAAUCUUAUGUAAGCUGUGGACUAAAUGUCUGUGUUUUUUUUUCUUAUUUAGCUUCCGAUAGUUACUUUUGGGGUGCCCGAGCCCUUUGAGAGCCCCCAGUAGCGACAGGUAGUCC